AUGCCCAAGGUGCAGGACGCUUCAUCCCGGCCCUUGCCUCCCUCGCCCAAGCCGCAACAAUGGCGAGAUCUGGUUGUGGAAACGAAUAACCUGGCCAUGCAUUGGUGGCACGUCGCCAAAUCAGGCGAAGCUGCUUAUCGCGACAUGCUUGCUGCCAACGAAGCGGCCGUACAAAUCGCGCGGGAAGAGGAGGCACAGCGUCCGACUGACGUUGCUGCUGUGCAACGUGCACGCCAGGCGCAGCAAAAGGCUUUCGAUUCCUCAAAGAGCUGCAUAGAUGCUAUCAUGAGGACACAAGCAGCGCUCGCGCACUUCCAGCCGCAGGCUCCGACGCUGGCAGCCGCUGCUUUGCAGCGUGCAUCUGUGCCUCCCGGAGCUUUGCCACCUGUGGCCAUGCCAUCGGCAGCUUUGUCACCAGCUGCUUUUUCUCUUGCAUCUAUGCCGCCGAUGGCACCUUCCUCAUCCAUGCCCUGCGUAACGUUGCCCACGGCUCCCGCGCCGGUGCUCGCGGACGCUGCCGUCGCUUCGCCUGCGCUCUCAGCGGUGUCGGACCUGCACCCGACAGGUCAACCCGACGUCACCGAGUCUUUGAGCUCUGACUCCUUGGGAAGUGCCGAGCUGCCACCAGGACUGCCGAGGCCGUCGGAGCAGUCCAGUGCCGAAAGGGCUUUGGAGGUGCGCAGAAGCAAAGGGCAGAAGAUGCCUCGCCCUGAUCUCGAGGCUAAGGCAUCGCCAUCGGACUGA